AUGAGUUGCAGUGAGGAGGCUCCAGGAUAUUCACAGUUUGGACUUUUUGGACAGAGUUUCUCCCUCAUGCAGCUCCUCCGGCUGGCCUGGGCUCUGACUGCCGCCGCGGCCUGCUUCCUGAUCCUCCUGAUCCUCCACAACCACAUCCUCAGAGAAGCUGUCAAUCAGGAGAAGCAGUCUUUCCGUGAGCCGAUCUCUUGGAAGUAUCCGGAGCCGCCUGCUGAGGAACAGCCCAAGUACCCUCAAGAUUUUCAGCUGAAGACCCCGGUGGCGUUUGACAGUGUCAGUGCCGUCUGCGGGGCGAACUCCGUCCGAGUCGAGGCCAAGAAAGACCUGCUGGGGAUCGGGAAACCUGUCCGCGCUGCAGAAGUCACGCUGGGAGGAUGUCCAGCCACCGGGGAAGAUGCUCAGGUCCUCGUGUUUGAGUCGGAGCUGCACGGAUGUGGCAGCGAGCUCGUGAUCUCGGAGGACUCGUUCAUCUACGCCUUCACCCUGCACCACAUACCCGCUCCUCUUGGGGACAGUCAGAUCAUUCGGACCAGAGAGGUCACCGUCAGCAUCCAGUGCCAAUACCAGAGGAAGCAUGAUGUAAGCAGCGUGCCGUUGAAUCCGACAUCGAGUCCGUUCAGUGCCACCAAAUCUUCAGAGGAAACGCUCUUCUUCUCUUUAAGACUCAUGAGUGAUGAUUGGCAGUCGACCCAUCCGUCCGCUCAGUUCCUGCUGGGAGACAUGAUGAAGUUUGAAGUUUCAGUCAGACAGUUUCAUCACGUCCCCCUCAGAGUGAUGGUGGACAGCUGUGUGGCCACCGUGAUCCCGAACAUCGACACCGUCCCCCGAUACGCCUUCCUUGGAAAUAACGGGUGCCUAUUUGACAGUCAGCUAACCGACUCCAGCUCUCAAUUCCUCCCACGGGCGUAUGAAGACAGACUGCAGUUUCAGGUCGAGGCGUUCAAGUUUCAACAGGAAGGGAGUGGCGUGAUCUACAUCACCUGCAAUGUGAGAGCUGCUGUAGCUUCUGCCGCUGUUGAUGCCACCAAUAAGGCCUGUUCCUUCUCCAACGGGUGGACGGAGGCCAGCGGCAACCAUCGAGCGUGUUCCUGCUGUGAUACAGACUGUAGGACAGGAAGUCACAUGACUGGAUCCGAGGCUCAGUGGGAACAGGAAAAAGCUGUUGGACCAAUCACAGUGAACGAGAGACCUCAAUGGUGAAAGUGCAAAAUAAAAACUUUAAAAUUUA